AUGUGGGGGUACUUUUUUGGAGGCAAUAGCCAACAGAAGAAAGACUUGCCAAAAAAGGCUAUAGUCGAAUUAAGAGAACAUAUACAAACAUUGAAUAAGAAGAAAAACCAUUUGCAACAACAAAUGGACGAUCAAGAUCAAUUAGCUAGAAAAUAUGUGAGCUCAAAGCAAACAACAUUAGCCAAAAGUGCAUUAAAGAGAAAGAAAGGAUAUGAAGCAAAUUUGGUGAAAGUUGAAAACCAAAUUGAAACUUUGGAAACACAAUUGAUUAGUAUUGAAGGAGCCAACUUGAAUUUGGAGACCAUGAAGGCUAUGAAACAAGGUGCAAAAGCUAUGAAACAAAUACAUGGAGAAUACGAUGUUGACAAGGUAGAGGAUACGAUGGACGAAAUAAGAGAGCAAGUUGAGUUAGCUGAUGAAAUUAGCGAAGCUAUAUCUAGACCAGUUGGUAAUGAGUUUAUUGAUGAAGAUGAAUUGGAUGAAGAAUUGAAGGAAUUAGAAGCCGAAGCUAAAGAACAAGAACAAGGUCAAAAGGCACCUGCUCAAAAGGUGAAACCACAACCUGUGUCGAAAGAAGAAGAAUUGCCACAAUUCCCUACUGUUAAUAAACAGGCCCCAGUAGCGGAAGAGGAUGAAGAUGAAGAAGCAUUGAAGGCAUUACAAGCAGAAAUGGGAUUGUAA